AAGCAAAACAACAACAUAACCUUGACUUUUGCCAAAAAAAUUUUUAAUUUUCCAUUAAUCCAAGUUUAAAAUAAUGGAAUAUUCAAUUGCAAACGUGGAACAUUUCAAAUUCGACAUAGAAAUUGCGUUGGAAGAACAAUAUGGCGCCCUGCCUUUGCCGUUUCCCGGAAUGGACAAAUCGUCUACGGCCGUUUGUCAAUUCUACAGCAGCCAACGAGGUUGUCCGAAAGGGCACAACUGUCCCUUUCGGCAUGUACGAGGCGACCGCACCAUAGUUUGCAAACACUGGCUACGAGGGUUGUGCAAAAAGGGAGACCAGUGCGAGUUUUUGCACGAGUACGACAUGACGAAGAUGCCCGAGUGCUAUUUUUACUCCCGAUUCAACGCCUGUCACAAUAAGGAGUGCCCGUUUUUGCACAUCGAUCCCGAGAGUAAAAUCAAGGAUUGUCCGUGGUACGAUCGGGGGUUUUGUCGGCACGGACCGCACUGUCGGCACAGGCACGUAAGACGAAUCCUGUGCACCAACUACCUGGCCGGUUUCUGCUCAGAAGGCCCCUUGUGCAAGCACAUGCACCCCCGUUUCGACCUCCCCUCCCCACCGGAUCAGAAGCCUCAGGACAAAAACAAACCUCCGAUAAUCGUCUGCCAUUUCUGCGGCGAGCACGGCCACAAGGCGAUCCACUGCAACAAAAUGUCCGAGCACCAUCGUCAGAAGGAGCUUCAGAAUCUGAUCAACAACAGCAAAGAGCCGCUGGCUCUGAUCCGGCCGGCUCAGAAGAAGUUGGAGGAUGUUACGUGUUACAAGUGCGGCUGCAAAGGGCAUUAUGCUAAUCGGUGUCCGAAGGGGAAUUUGGCCUUUUUAUCUCAGAAGGCCAAUUUGACUCAGAAAUGAGUCGGUGGCUCAAAUGAAUGUUGAUUAAAUUUGUUAUUUUGCUCAGAAACUGUUGAUUUAUUUUGUCCGUUUUCUAAUAAAUGAAACGUCGUUGA